AUGGUCACAACUCUGGAGACCAUUACAUUUGACGUUCUCAUACAAAUCAUCGCACAACUCGACAUUACCGAUGUGCUACGAUUGCGGCAGGUAUCUACGCGUCUCCUAGAAGUUACGCUCGAGAGAGCGCUCUGGGACGAGCUCUACAGAUCCUCACACCUACCUCGGACCAUCGGUCCGCUCCCUUCACAGUCUCAGCAGGAUCUGGAAAGCGUUCUCGCGAGGAGCGCCCAAGUCGGCCAUAAUAUGUUUGUCAAGGGCUCUCCGGUACGAUCACGGGUCGUGGAAUAUGGUCCGGACUGCUGGGGCGCUCGAAUUCUUGCCGGAAAGGUCUUACUCUACGUCGAUCCUGGGUCAUCUACUCGCAAGGAGAGUGUCUUAUUUUAUAAUCUGGAUGACGACAUGUUAGGCGACCCGCAGGUGGUGCACGAGUUCGACGGAGAGCACGCCUCCGUGAUAUCUAUAGACUCUGUCGACGUUCACGAUUUUAGAGGUCAAGGUCACGCCUACGUUGGGCUUCAGACGGCCAAUUCCGAAUCCAGAGACACUGAAGUACUCAUCAUGAAGAUGAAAGACAGUGGGGAUGAGCUAAAGUUUGAGCUCGUGUACCGUUAUACUCGGGAUGCGAACUCCUUUCACUCUCUCGUAGCAAGCCCUCGCCACAUCAUAGUUGGUCAUAUGCUCAAGAACAAGAGCAUGGCACAUGUCUUUGACAUCUCUGGCCUAGAAGGCGGUCCUUUGGCUGAAGUAGAAGACACAGACGAAACCCUCGUUAUUUCUGACGGUGACAUAGGUUUUGGUCCGGACUUCUACGCAUGCAGCACGCACCUGAUAUUCCUGAAGCCCCAUCCUGACCCACGGGAAACGUGCAUGCGUCUUACCGCUGUGCCUUUGAUGGAUAGUUCUGCCGGUUCUGAUUCUGAAUGUCGCCCAGAGGCACCUACUUGUGACAUCGACGCUUUCGAGCCACUCUCCUUCGGCAUACUUCGGGACUCCAUCGUCGAUCGAGAACCUGGCUACACCGAAGUCAUUGUGCAUGGUCUCGCAGAACGCAAUGGCGUGUACACGCUCACUGUGUCCAAGCUACUCAUACCAUCUCACAUCGGUCCAGACGCAUCACAGGAGAUUCGUGUUACUAGCCACAUUGUGGUGAAUUUCCCUGAUCGUCCAGGCCUCUACAUGCAGCCAUCGUUCACCGGAAGUGCACGCUGCAUCUUCUACUACUCUAACGAGGCAGCCACAGCGGAACUACGAGCCCUAGAAUAUUGCUAUGAUGAAGCCACGGAGCGCCCUGUGUUGCUAGACAGCACCUCGAACUUGGAUUACUUGGGCGUGCUCUACGACGACUUCGUGACUCGAGACGCGGAGAUGCAGCACUUCGAACAAGAGCCGCACAGCGGAAGAAUUCUGUACCACUAUCGCACAUCUCCGUCUGAGGACGAUCCAUCAAGGGAAGAAAGCAAUCUGUGUAUUGUGGACUUUGCUUGA